ACCUUUGAGGAGGUGGCCGUGCAUUUCUCGGAGGAGGAGUGGGCUCUGCUGGAUCCAGGCCAGAGGACUCUGCACAAAGAAGUCAUGGCGGAGAAUCGUGGGAUCCUGGCCUCUCUGGGUAAGGAAUGGAUUCAUUCUAACGUUCAAUGCCUAGUGUGUGAAAAACCAUUCACUUUCCACUCACAACUUAACUUGCAUCAAAGAAUUCACACUGGGGAGAAGCCCUAUAAAUGCUUUGAGUGUGGGAAGAGCUUUGCUCGCAGAGAAACACUUAUGCUGCAUCAAAGAAUUCACACUGGGGAGAAGCCCUAUAAAUGCUUAGAAUGCGGGAAGAGCUUUCCUCGCAGAGAAACACUUAUGCUGCAUCAAAGAAUUCACACUGGGGAGAAGCCCUAUAAAUGCUUAGAGUGCGGGAAGAGCUUUGCUCGCAGCAUCAGCCUUAAGCUGCAUCAAAUAAUUCACACUGGGGAGAAGCCCAAUAAAUGCUUUGAGUGUGGGAAGAGCUUUGCUCAGAGGACACAGCUUAAGCUGCAUCAAAGAAUUCACACUGGGGAGAAGCCCUAUAAAUGCUUAGAAUGCGGGAAGAGCUUUGCUCGCAGCAUCAGCCUUAAGCGGCAUCAAACAAUUCACACUGGGGAGAAGCCCAAUAAAUGCUUAGAGUGCGGGAAGAGCUUUGCUCACAGCAUCAGCCUUAAGCAGCAUCAAAGAAUUCACACUGGGGAGAAGCCCUAUAAAUGCUUAGAGUGCGGAAAGAGCUUUACUCAAUGCUCAAGCCUUAAGGAGCAUCAUAAAAUUCACACUGGGGAGAAGCCCUAUAAAUGCUUAGAAUGUGGGAAGACCUUUGCUCAGAGGACACAGCUUAAGCAGCAUCAAGUAAUUCACACUGGGGAGAAGCCCUAUAAAUGCUUUGAGUGCGGGAAGAGCUUUGCUCGCAGAGACACACUAUUACUGCAUCAAAGAAUUCACACUGGGGAGAAGCCCUAUAAAUGCUUAGAGUGUGGGAAGACCUUUGCUCAGAGGACACAACUUAAGCAGCAUCAAAGAAAUCACACUGGGGAGAAGCCCUAUAAAUGCUUUGAGUGCGGGAAGAGCUUUGCUCGCAGAGAAACACUUAUGCUGCAUCAAAGAAUUCACACUGGGGAGAAGCCCUAUAAAUGCUUUGAGUGCGGGAAGAGCUUUGCUCAGAGCACCAGCCUUAAGCAGCAUCAAAGAAUUCACACUGGGGAGGAGCCCUAUAAAUGCUUUGAGUGCGGGAAGAGCUUUGCUGACAGCAGCAAACUUAAGCAGCGUAAAAGAACUCACACUGGGGAGAAGCCCUAUAAAUGCUUUGAGUGCGGGAAGAGCUUUGCUGACAGCAGCAAACUUAAGCGGCAUCAAAGAAUUCACACUGGGGAGAAGCCCUAUAAAUGCUUAGAAUGCGGGAAGAGCUUUGCUGACAGCAUCAGCCUUAAGCGGCAUCAAACAAUUCACACUGGGGAGAAGCCCUAUAAAUGCUUAGAGUGCGGGAAGAGCUUUGCUCAGAGCACCAGCCUUAAGCGGCAUCACACAAUUCACACUGGGGAGAAGCCCUAUAAAUGCUUAGAGUGCGGGAAGAGCUUUUCUGAAAGCAGCAAACUUAAGCAGCAUAAAAGAACUCACACUGGGGAGAAGCCCCAUGAAUGCUUUGAGUGCGGGAAGAGCUUUUCUGAAAGCAGCAGCCUUAAGCGGCAUCAAACAAUUCACACUGGGGAGAAGCCCUAUAAAUGCUUUGAGUGCGAGAAGAGCUUUGCUCAGAGCAGCAGCCUUAAGCUGCAUCAAAGAAUUUUGGGAUCAGAGUGUCAGUGUGAGAUGUGUGAAAAACCAUUCACUUUCCACUCACAACUUAACUUGCAUAAAAGAAUUCACACUGGGGAGAAGCCCUAUAAAUGCUUUGAGUGUGGGAAGAGCUUUGCUCGCAGAGAAACACUUAUGCUGCAUCAAAGAAUUCACACUGGGGAGAAGCCCUAUAAAUGCUUAGAAUGCGGGAAGAGCUUUGCUCGCAGAGAAACACUUAUGCUGCAUCAAAGACUUCACACUGGGGAGAAGCCCUAUAAAUGCUUAGAGUGCGGGAAGAGCUUUGCUCGCAGCAUCAGCCUUAAGCUGCAUCAAAUAAUUCACACUGGGGAGAAGCCCAAUAAAUGCUUAGAGUGCGGGAAGAGCUUUGCUCACAGCAUCAGCCUUAAGCAGCAUCAAAGAAUUCACACUGGGGAGAAGCCCUAUAAAUGCUUAGAGUGCGGAAAGAGCUUUACUCAAUGCUCAAGCCUUAAGGAGCAUCAUAGAAUUCACACUGGGGAGAAGUCCUGUAAAUGCUUAGAAUGUGGGAAGACCUUUGCUCAGAGGACACAGCUUAAGCAGCAUCAAGUAAUUCACACUGGGGAGAAGCCCUAUAAAUGCUUUGAGUGCGGGAAGAGCUUUGCUCGCAGAGACACACUAAUACUGCAUCAAAGAAUUCACACUGGGGAGAAGCCCUAUAAAUGCUUAGAGUGUGGGAAGACCUUUGCUCAGAGGACACAACUUAAGCAGCAUCAAAGAAAUCACACUGGGGAGAAGCCCUAUAAAUGCUUUGAGUGCGGGAAGAGCUUUGCUCGCAGAGAAACACUUAUGCUGCAUCAAAGAAUUCACACUGGGGAGAAGCCCUAUAAAUGCUUAGAGUGCGGGAAGAGCUUUGCUCAGAGCACCAGCCUUAAGUGGCAUCAAAUAAUUCACACUGGGGAGAAGCCCUAUAAAUGCUUAGAGUGCGGGAAGAGCUUUUCUAAAAGCAGCAGCCUUAAGCAGCAUCAAAGAAUUCACACUGGGGAGGAGCCCUAUAAAUGCUUUGAGUGCGGGAAGAGCUUUGCUGACAGCAGCAAACUUAAGCAGCAUAAAAGAACUCACACUGGGGAGAAGCCCUAUAAAUGCUUUGAGUGCGGGAAGAGCUUUGCUGACAGCAGCAAACUUAAGCGGCAUCAAAGAAUUCACACUGGGGAGAAGCCCUAUAAAUGCUUAGAAUGCGGGAAGAGCUUUGCCGACAGCAUCAGCCUUAAGCGGCAUCAAACAAUUCACACUGGGGAGAAGCCCUAUAAAUGCUUAGAGUGCGGGAAGAGCUUUGCUCAGAGCACCAGCCUUAAGCGGCAUCACACAAUUCACACUGGGGAGAAGCCCUACAAAUGCUUAGAGUGCGGGAAGAGCUUUUCUGAAAGCAGCAAACUUAAGCAGCAUAAAAGAACUCACACUGGGGAGAAGCCCCAUGAAUGCUUUGAGUGCGGGAAGAGCUUUUCUGAAAGCAGCAGCCUUAAGCGGCAUCAAACAAUUCACACUGGGGAGAAGCCCUAUAAAUGCUUUGAGUGCGAGAAGAGCUUUGCUCAGAGCAGCAAACUUAAGCGGCAUCAAAGAAUUCACACUGGAGAGAAGCCCUAUAAACGCUUAGAGUGCGGGAAGAGCUUUUCUUACAGCACAAGCCUUAAGCAACAUCAAAGAAUUCACACUGGGGAGAAGCCCUAUAAAUGCUUAGAGCGCGGGAAGACCUUUGCUCAGAGCACACACCUUAAGAAGUAUCAAGGAAUUCACACUGGGGAGAAGCCCUAUAAAUGCGUAGAAUGCGGGAAGAGCUUUGCUCGCAGCAUAAACCUUAAGCGGCAUCAGGGAAUUCACACUGGGGAGAAGCCCUAUAAAUGCUUAGAAUGCGGGAAGAGCUUUGCUCGCAGCAUAAACCUUAAGCUGCAUCAAAGAAUUCACACUGGGGAGAAGCCCUAUAAAUGCUUAGAGUGUGGGAAGACCUUUGCUCAGAGUACACACCUUAAGCACCAUGAAGGAAUUCACACUGGGGAGAAGCCCUAUAAAUGCUUAGAAUGCGGGAAGAGCUUUUCUUACAGCACAAGCCUUAAGCGACAUCAAAGAAUUCACACUGGGGAGAAGCCCUAUAAAUGCUUAGAGUGCGGGAGGACCUUUGCUCAGAGCGCACACCUUAAGCAGCAUCAAGGAAUUCACACUGGGGAGAAGCCCUAUAAAUGCAUAGAAUGCGGGAAGAGCUUUCUUCACAGCACAAGCCUUAAGCGGCAUCAACGAAUUCACACUGGGGAGAAGCCCUAUAAAUGCUUAGAAUGUGGGAAAAACUUUGCUCAAAGCACAAGCCUUAAGCUGCAUCAAAGAAUUCACACUGGGGAGAAGCCCUAUAAAUGCUUAGAAUGCGGGAAGAGCUACGCUCACAGCACGAGCCUUAAGCUGCAUCAAAGAAUUCACACUGGGGAGAAGCCCUAUAAAUGCUUAGAGUGCGGGAAGACCUUUGCUCAGAGCACACACCUUAAGCAGCAUCAACGAAUUCACACUGCGGAGAAGCCCUAUAAAUGCUUAGAGUGCGGGAAGACCUUUGCUCAGAGCACGCAGCUUAAGCUGCAUCAAAGAAUUCACAGUGGGGAGAAGCCCUAUAAAUGCUUAGAGUUAGGAAAGAGCUUUGCUUGCAGUACAAGCCUUAAGUGCCAUCAAAGAAUUCACACUGGGGAGAAGCCCUAUCAAUGCUUAGAGUUAGGAAAGAGCUUUGCUUGCAGUACAAGCCUUAAGUGCCAUCAAAGAAUUCACACUGGGGAGAAGCCCUAUAAAUGCUUAGUGUUCUUUUCAUUAGAAUCAUAUAAUAGUACAAUUGGAAGGGGCCUAUAAGUCCAACCCCCCUGCUCAAUGCAGGAAUCCACCCUAAAGCAUACCUGACAAAUGGUUGUCCAGCUGCCUCUUGAAGGCCUAUGUUUUGCGACAGUCCACAAGCUUCCAAGGUAACUGGUUUCAUUGUCGUACUGCUCUAACAGGAAGUUUUUCCUGAUGUCCAGCCAGAAUAUGCCUUCCUGUAACUUGAGCCCAUUAUUCUGUGUCCCGCAUGCUGGAAUGAUCGCGAAGAGAUCCUGGCACUCCUCUGUGUGACAACCUUUCAAGUCAUUGAAGAGUGCUAUCAUAUCUCCCCCCAAUCAUCUUCUCCAGGCUAAACAUGCCCUGUUCUUUCAGUCUCUCCUCAUAGGGCUUUGUUUCCAGGCCCCUGGUCAUCCUUUGAACAUGCUCCAGCUUGUCUGCAUCCUUCUUGAAGUGUGGUGCACAGAACUGGGUGAAAUACUCAAGAUGUGGCCUAGCCAGGGCCGCAUAGAGGGGAACCAGUACCUCAUGCGAUUUGGAAGCUAUACUUCUUUUAAAGCAGCCCAAAAUAGCAUUUGCUUUGUUUGCAACCACAUCACACUGUUGGCUCAUAUUCAGCUUGUGAUCUAGAACAAUUCAAAGGUUCUUUUUGUUUGUAGUAUUGGUGAGUCACGUAUCCCCCCUCUUGUAAAUGUGCAUUUGUUUUCCUUUUCCUAGGUGUAGAACUUAGUAUUUAUCCCUAUUAAAUUUCAUUUUGUUGUUUUCAGCCCAGCACUCCAGCUCAUCAAGAUCUCUUUGAAGUUUGUUUCUGUCUUCCAGGGUGUUAGCUAUCCCACCCAAUUUGGUGUCAUCUGCAAACUUGAUUAGCGUUCCUGGCACUUCCUUCAACUUUUAAUAAAAAUGUUGAAGAGCAUUAGGCCCAGGAUUGAGCCCUGCGGUACCCCACUCCUUACCUCCCCCCAGAUUAAGAAGGUACCGUUGAAAAGCAUUCUUUGAGUCUGAUUCUGUAGCCAACUAUGUAUCCACCUAAUAGUUGUUCCAUCUAGUCCACUUUUAGCUCUUUUGUUAAUCAGAAUAUCAUGGGGCACUUUGUCAAAAGCUUUGCUGAAGUCAAGGUAUAUUUCAUCCACAACAUUCCCAUGGUCCAUAAGUGAGGUUACCCAAUCAAAAUCUGCUCCAGAAUUUUCCCAGGGAUGGAUGUCAGACUGACUUGUCUGUCUUUUCCCAGCUUUCUCCUUUUUGCCCUGUUUGAAGAAGGGACAACAUUAGCCCUCCUCCAGACAUAUGGCACCUCACCCGUCUUGCAUGAUUUUGCAAAGAUAAUAGAU